UGCACGUCACCGACUGCGGCAUCCCUUCCCGGGCAGAGCGGAGACUGCGGCAGCGCUGCAGAAGCGCGAUCUGACCCGGAGCGCCAUCCUGACCGCACCGAGCCUGCGGUUCGGGCAGCCGGAGACAUGUCUCGGAACAGUCCUGCCGCCGUGUUGUGGCUGCUCCUGACGGCCGCCGCCGCUGCCUGUACAGCCGAACGCUGUAACCAGAGCCUGGCCACUCCACAGUUCUCCAGCUCCUUCACUGCCUCUUCGUAUUACUCCAUCUCCUACUCACCUGGAUACGGCCGGCUGUACGGGGGAGGGGGAUGGUCUCCCCAGAUUUCAGACCGACUCCCAUGGCUUCAGAUCAACCUGUCGCAGAGGUCAAAGAUCACGGCCAUCGCCACCCAGGGAACCUACAACUCCAACGACUGGGUGACCAAGUACCUCUUCCUCUACAGUGACCAAGGACGCAACUGGAAUCCUUUCUACCAGCAGGGGCACAACUGGACAUUUGCAGGCAAUCGGAAUGCGGACAGCGUGGUUCUGCAUGAGCUGUGGCGACCGGUCCUUGCACAGUUCGUUCGCUUCGUGGCCAUCAGUUGGAGACCAAGACAUUACGUCGGUCUGAGGGUCGAAGUCUAUGGCUGCCCCUACGAUUCUGACGUGGUUUCUUUUGAUGGGAACAGUUCUCUGAGCUACCAGUUCCAGGAGAGGCACACACGAACACUCUUUGAUUCCAUCUCGUUCAACUUUAAGACAUGGAUAAAGGACGGCCUUCUCCUGCACAGUGAGGGGGAGCAGGGAGAUUACAUCACUGUGGAGCUGAAGCAAGCAAAACUGCUGUUUCACAUUAAUUUAGGUAGUAGCAGCGUACACCCAGUGAUGGGAGAGACCUCCAUCACUCUGGGCAGCUUGCUGGAUGACCAGCACUGGCACAUGGUUCAAAUCGAGCGCUAUGGGCAGGAAGUUAACCUUACACUGGAUGGUCAUGUUGAACGCUUCCUCACCAAUGGGGAUUUUGAUUACCUGGAUCUUGAUUCAGCGAUAUACUUUGGUGGACUGAUAACCCCCGAGAGAGAGAGACUGGCUGACAAGCCCAACUUCCAAGGAUGUUUGGAGAACAUUUUCUACAAUAACAUCAGUGUCAUUGACCUAGCCAGAGCACGACAUUCACAAACACAGAGCCUGGGCGAUGUCCGGUUCCACUGCCGGCUCCCGGCUACGGGACCACCCUUCUACCCGCUCACCUUCGUGUCGGCCGCCAGCUUCCUGCAGCUGCCGGGGCAGCCAUUCCUCCCCCAGCUCACCCUCAACUUCAGCUUCCGCUCCUUCGACUCCAGCGGCCUCCUGCUCUUCACCAACUUCUCCCGGGGCCUGGGCUGGCUGCAGAUGGAGCUCAGCGCUGGGCAGCUCAAUCUCUCCAUCCAGCAGAGCAGCAACCGGCGGCUCGAGUUUGCCGCAGGCUAUAACCUGACGGAUGGACACUGGCACUCGGUGCAUCUACUGGCACGAAUGGAUUCCGUGGUUGUUGUCAUUGACGAGCAGGAAGACUCUGCAGUCCGGGUGAACCAUGCCCUGCGAGUGGAGACUGGGGACCAGUACUUCUUUGGAGGUUGCCCCGCGAGUAUGAAGAACUUGGGUUGCUUUUCUAAUGCGAGUGAGUUUCACGGCUGCAUGCAGCUCUUCUACAUUGACAAUAACCUUGUUGAUCUGGAGCUGGUAAAAAGACGCAAACUAGGGCGAUAUUCAGAGAUGCUGUUUGACACGUGUGGAGUAGCAGACCGCUGCACACCGAACCUGUGUGAGCAUGGUGGCAUUUGUCUCCAGACCGCUGAGAACUUUGUGUGUGACUGUGAGAGAACUGGAUAUAAAGGAGUAACCUGUCACAACUCUCUCUAUCCGGAAUCAUGUGACGGAUACAGGAGGCUGGGUGUCAGACAGUCUGGAAACUACACAGUUGAUCCCGAUGGCAGUGGUCCAGCGAGACCCUUCACCGUGCACUGUACAAUGACAGAGGACAAGGCUUGGACAGUCGUUUAUCACUUGCAGCAGCAGGACACCAAGGUGACAGGAUCGACCCUGGAGAGACCGUACGUGGGGAGAAUCCAGUAUUACAACAACACCGAGGAAGAGAUUUCUGCAAUAACGCUGGAGGCUGAGUACUGUGAACAGAGUAUCUCCUUCUCCUGCUACAGGUCCCGGCUGCUGAACAGUCCAUCUGGACUGCCCUUCACCUGGUGGCUGGGUCGUGGGUCCGAAAAACAUUUCUACUGGGGAGAUGCAAGUCCAGGAAUCCAGCGAUGUUCGUGUGGGAUGAACAGAGUCUGCGCUGAUCCAAAGUAUUACUGCAACUGUGAUGCAGACUAUAAGCAGUGGAAGUAUGACCGUGGUUUGCUGAGAGUUAAGGAAGAUCUGCCAGUAACCAAGGUUGUCGUUGGUGAUACAAAUCGAUCAAGUUCUGAGGCCAGGUUUAAUGUGGGACCUUUGCGUUGCUAUGGCGAUGGAGGAUCUUGGAAUGGGGCCACAUUUAUUCAGGGGAAUUACAUGGUGUUCCCACCCUUCAGCCCAGGCCCCAGUGCAGACAUCUCUCUAUACUUUAAAACCACAUCCCCCUAUGGUGUUUUCCUGGAGAAUUCCGGAUACUGGGACUUCAUCCGGCUGGAACUAAAGUCGGAGAAGGUGAUUGUGUUUUCCUUCAAUGUGGGUGAUGGACCCCAGGAACUGCGGGUCGAGGGCACAACACCGCUCAAUGACGACGCCUGGCACUUCGUGGAGGCAGAGAUCAACGUGAAGUUCUCUCGCCUGCGGCUGGACGAGCUGCCGUGGCGAGUGUUGGAGGCUCCACCGCAGAGCUACGUGUCCCUCAGGCUGGACCGACCCCUCUAUGUGGGGGCAGCUGAGUACCGGCGGGAUGCAUUUUUUGGCUGCAUCCGUGGGCUGCGGAUGAACGGAGUGAUCCUGGAUCUGGAGGGUAAAGCCCAGCUGACAGAAGGAGCCAACCCAGGCUGUGUGGGACAGUGCAGUGAACCCGGGGUGCUGUGUCAGAACGGGGGCCACUGUGUCGAGAGAUACAGCACGUACACCUGUGACUGCAACGCCAGUGCCUUCGAUGGGCCUUUCUGCGAGAAAGUUAUCGGCGGAUAUUUUGAACCCGGCACCUACAUCCGGUACAGUUUUCAGACAGCAUUCACGGCCGCGGUGAGGGAGUUCGCCAACAUGAUGCUCCCAUUCAGUCCCGGGUUCAACUCGACCAGUGAGGAGAUCGUGUUCAGUUUCAAAACCUUGGAGCCCCCAAGUGUCCUGAUGUACAUCAGCACCUACACCAGGGACUACCUGGCGGUCAUCAUUAAACACGAUGGCAGCCUGGAGCUGCGUUACCAGCUGGGCUCCUUCACCAACCCCUACACCAGGACCUUGGUCAAGGAGAACGUGGCAGACGGCAGAGCCCACCGGGUGAACAUAACCAGGAGGGCCCGUGAGAUCUACACACAGGUGGACCAGGAUCCCGUUAUCUGGGAACGUAUCUCUCUGUGGGGGGACAAGAACUUUGACUCCCCUAAGUCUCUCUUCCUAGGCCGAGUGAUAGAGAUCGGCGUCCUGGACCCAGAGAUUCAGCGCUUCAACACGCCGGGAUUCACCGGCUGCCUGGCCGGUGUCAGCUUUAACGGCAUCGUCCCGCUGAAGGCAGCUCUGAGGACAAACACCAACCAGUCUGUGGUGGUGCAGGGGGAGCUGGUGGAGUCAAACUGCGGCGCCGCACCCGUCAUCCUCUCGUCCGUCCUCCUGCCGGAUGAUCCGUGGGCACUGCAGCCCGACACUCCGCGGUUUGGAUCCGACUCUCUGACCGGAGCUGUGAUCGGUGUGAUCGUCGCCCUCAUCCUGUUCACUAUCCUCGCCCUAGCCGUCUUGCUCUUCCUCUUCUAUCACCGCCACAAGGGCAGUUACCACACCAACGAGGCCAAGCCCCUGGAACCCUCCACCGGAGCCAAAGCCAGCUCCCUCAAGAAGGACUUGCCACAGAUUCUCGAAGAGACCAAAGGAGAAUAGUUCGAGCAGAGUGUGUGUCUGCGCCAAGGAGAGAUCCAUCUUGUGGGAAACCUGUCUGAUGAUCAAACAUUCCUUACCUAUGAAACCACAGACUGAAUGGUGUGGGGUGAGGCGGACUGUCCACCCCUCCUGACCUGAGCAAAUCCUUCACGGUCCUGCAAUAAGCUAAUCCCGCUAGUUAAAGCUAACUAUCAGUAGAACCGGUAUCUCUGUAUGAAGCGCUGCUGUCUGCUGGGUGGAGUUUAUAAUCCGUGAGCCGCUCCGCCCCUGCUAUCCCAGUGCAUGCACGCUGAUGCACACCGUCCCGGACAUCUCCUCACCGUGACAUCAUCACCCUCAACCACAUCCACGUUGUUUCUGUAAAUGAGUCUCAAUCAACAUCGUGUAAUUUCUAUUGUAAUCUUUUAUAAAUUACUGCAACAGCCUAAGGUUGAUAAAACGACCUGGUAUGAAGUGAUCUCCCAGGGUGACGGUCCCCGGCUUCAGGUUGGGAGUUUUCUACAAUACCAUCAAGUGCCAACUGGAUGGAGUGGUUGUUGCGUUUGUGAGUCGAGUCCCCACAGGACACGGGCACAGAGAGCCACAACAUGAGUACUUGCCAAGGAGCAAGCUUUAACACUGCCACCUGUCACACUCAGCCCGUUUUACUACAGUGUCCGGCAGGCAGAGAGGGAGCAAGGCUGUCCGUCAACAAGGUGAGCAGCUUGCGCCUGUGUAACAGUGUGAGCGGCUCCGAGAGAGCACCCAGGGAACGCUCAUUCCCCGAGCGAGGGCACAGGCGCUGGGCAGAGAUGUCGUCGUGGGCAACAGGGUUAGAAGGAAGAUGCACUGGGGUCUGAGCCCCCAACACCCUGUCUGAGGGACGGGGUCUCAGCCCCGACUCCCUGUCUGAAAGGGGUGACAAGCUCAUCACGUCAAGAGCCGUGGGCUGCAAUACCUGGUGCUGCAAUACGUGGGCUGCAAGACCUGUAGGAAUGGUGGGCCGAACGUCCUCCCUCGUAUGUUUUCUAUGAUUCUGGUGCCAUUCCAAGUGGUGGCGGGGUGCCUGAGUUUGGGCGGAGUGUGUCUGUGGGUCAGCAUUGAAGUAUCUUCAGGGGUUCUGAGUGAGGUUUCGGAGUUACAAACAGGAACUAUAAAUCUGCAAGUUUAACUGACUUCAUCCUUCCGAAUUGGAGCAGGAUUGACCAGUGUUGAAUGUUGCUAGCUGUUGACAUCAUGGACUGGGUCCGAAUGGGCCGAACUGGGUCGGAAUGGGCGGGACUGUAUCCGGAUGGGCGGGUCCGUAUGGCGGGACAGGGUCCGUGUAGUGGGACUGAGUCCUGCCCUUUGUCGCCGCUCGGAUUGAGGGGAUUGGAAUGGGAGAAAACGCAAAAUCCGAUCAAUCAAUUGCUCAGGAAACUGGUGCUCCCCCCCCCCCUCCCUCACUCUCUCUCACUUUUUACCUCUCCUACCCCAUCUCCACUCCCAUUUCCCUGAGUUCCUCUCCCCCAUCCCCCUCUGUCUCGUCUCUCACUGUUCAACUGAUAUAGUGUUUAGUUCGUUAUUGUAUCGAAAUAUUAAAUACAUUCUGCCAA